AUGAGAUUGUUGGCAGUUAAUGCAAUGAUCAAUAAUAGUGAUUAUUUCCAAACACUUUGUAAAGUAUUGCACUAUUCAUUUGAAGGACAGCUGAAAAGAACUGCUAUGGAUACAAUAUGGGGUGGAGAAGUUCAAAUUCAGGCGCUUUCUAUGGCUCUAUCUCAUCCUAUCUAUUCAUAUAUUCAGUUUAACAGCGAUCUAAAAAAUAGGCAUUAUAUUUCAUCGAGUAUUAGUUUACAGGAACUAGUCGAUCGAUUUAUUAAAGGAACAGCAGGUGGUCAUCUAAAAUAUAUAGGAUACAAUUCCGAUAAGGAUAAACUAGGACUUUGUAUUUACUAUAAUGGUAGUCAUUAUGAUGCUCUUUUACCUUUUCGACAUAAUCCUCAACAAUUUGUACCACACUUUGACAUAAUUAAAAUGAGUUUAUGA